CACAAAUCUCUUUCUCAAGGCAAAUCAGCAUUACAAAUUCCAUUUGUAAUGCUGAGGAAAGUUGUAAUGCGAUUUCUACUAGUACGAUGCUUUUGCAUUUCAUAUACUCUCUGCAACCGCAAAUCCGAUGAGAAAACGUUUCCGGUUGGCAGAAAACCAACAUGGACUUUUCAAAUUCGUGUACGCAUAAAACGACAUCACAUAGCUUGUUUUCAACACCAUAUGCUCCUCGCAGAACAAUAAAUGCACAGACACGUGACAGCACCAACUUACAGCAGCGCAAUUACAGUCUGGCGCACUUAGUACUCUCGCGACCGCAGUAGCACUGGACGCGCGAUCGCUUCUGAUGCGGCCGAUGUUGUUCCAUUUCACGACCACUUCUAAGGAGAAGAAGUGCACGCGUUCGUCUGUAGGUGUCCACCCUUGUUUUACUACUACACACCCGGAGGUUUCCAUCUUCUCUGGAAGAUUUUGUUUCGUAGAUCAACGUCGUGAGGGUGCAGACCUCCUGGAUCUAAACAGCGCUGCAGCUGGUGUUGUGCCGUCCUCGAUCAACAAAGUUCAAGAGAUCAUCUACUUGUUCAGAAGCAAAAUAAGCAAUGUGCUCGCGUCCGCCCUUAACCACCUCCACUUUCUACCACGCAACUUCGCUGGAGAACGCGGAGAAGCUCAUCGAAAGUCAGAAAUUCCGCCUACCAACCCGCAGAGAGGCGAUUGACAGGGGCUUGAAACUCGGCGCGGCGGUGUAUUUUGGUAAAAAUGCGGAUUAUUGCAUCCACGAAGCCGUGAACACAAUGAUGGAUUUAGAAAGGGGAAGCAACUGCAGUUCAUCUUCGGGUUCCUCAACCCCUUGUUCCUCUCAAGCUGACAGAAGCCCAUGCGAAGAAGCUGGAACCAACACUUCUACAUCAAAACAGAAACUUCAAAAGCAGGAGAAAAAAGCCAAAUAUCGGAAAAUGAUCCAAGAAAAGUACAGGAUCGUGUGCCUCUCGUGCGACAUUGACGCUGGUACAAUUUGCGAUUUCGGGUCGUACGACGACAGGAAGUGGCCGGAGUGUUUGCCGACGCUACCGAAGCAUCCGGAUUGCCGGAAGGCGGAUCAGGCGAAGAAGAGUGUUGCGGGGAAGAGGAUGAAACAGCGGGAUUGGGAUAAAUACACGGAGCUGAUCGAUUUGGAAUAUUUGAGGGAAUUUGGAUACGACAGCAUUGUUUUAAACAGAGAUGAAAAAGAUGAUGGAGCAGAAUCUGCUUACGCGUUUGAAAUUGCAGUGUAUGAUGUGGACAGAAUCAAGAAUAUUCGAAUGGCUGAUGUUGGAUGUUGGAAAUAAGAAUAGCUCUCAGAUGAAGAUUUUUGUUGUGCUUGACAUAACG